AUGGCCAAGAAAGACAAGAAGUCCAAGGAGGCCAAAAAGGCCAGAACUGCAGAAAAGCAGAAAAAGAAUACUUCGAAAGCCGAGCAGAAGAAUAAGAAACUAGCUAAGAAAAUUGGAGAAGAGGACGAAGACGAUGCAGACAUCGACGCCAUCUUGGAGCAAUUUGCUAAGGAGCAAGAAGAAUUUGAAACGGUUAAUGUAGAAGUGUGUAAGAAGCCGCCAAGUAAGAGACUCAAUCCCACGAUGGUCCUGAAUCCUACCCACAACAAGCGUGAAUUGAUGUUGUUUGGAGGAGAAGCCAUCAGUGAGACCACUGGCAAGGCUCAAUUUUACAAUGACUUAUACACAUACACUGUCGAUAACGACACCUGGAGAAAAUACACUAGUAAGAAUGCCCCAUUACCAAGAUCGUCGCAUGCUAUGUGCGCACAUCCUUCAGGAAUCAUAUUGAUGUUUGGAGGAGAAUUCUCCUCUCCAAAGCAAUCUACGUUUUAUCACUAUGGUGAUACUUGGAUCUUAGACGCUGAUUUGAAAGAGUGGACCAAGAUAGAUAUUAAAAAGGGAGGACCCACUGCAAGAUCUGGUCACAGAAUGACUUGCUGGAAAAAUUAUAUCAUCAUGCAUGGGGGUUUCCGUGACUUGGGUACCAUGUCCACCUACUUGAAUGACGUUUGGGUGUUUGAUAUAACCACGUAUAAAUGGCACCAAGUAGAGUUCCCUCCGAAUCACCCCAUUCCUGAUGCUAGAUCUGGACAUAGUUUCAUCUCAUGUAACGAUGGUGCUGUAUUAUAUGGUGGAUACACCAAAGUUAAGGCAAAGAAAGGCUUACAAAAGGGUAAAGUUCUUACUGAUUGUUGGAUGUUGAAAAUGAAGGCAGACCCCAGUGCUAUAAGAUUUGAAAGGAGAAAGAAGCAGGGUUUCAAUCCGUCCCCCAGAGUUGGAUGCUCCCUUGUUUUCCAUAAGAAUAGAGGUAUCUUGUUUGGGGGUGUGUACGAUUAUGAAGAAAGUGAAGAGCAAUUGGAUUCAGAGUUUUACAAUAACCUUUAUUCCUAUCAAAUUGAAAACAACAGAUGGUACAAUCUUAGUUUGAAGCCAGCUAGAAAGCAAAAGCAAGAAAAGAAGGAGAAAACUAAUAGAGAUGAAGAUUUGGAAGAGAUUUUAAACAAUAUUCUUGCUAAGGCUAAGUUACAAGACAAUGAUGACGAGGAAUUGGAUGAAAGUGAGAUUGAGAAGUUGAAACUACAAGAAGCCGAGAUUGAAGACGACGGAAAAGAAGUUGUGGAAUAUCCUAUAAUGAACCAGCUUCCUCAUGCAAGAUUCAAUGCUACUACCUGUGUUGUAGACGACACCCUUUACAUCUAUGGUGGUAUCUUUGAAAGAGGGGAACAAGAGUUCAACUUGAAUUCGAUGUAUUCUAUUGAUCUAGGAAGAUUGGAUGGAGUGAGGGUUUUAUGGGAAGACUUGAGCGAAUUGGAUAAGGAGUACGAGGAUAGCGACAUGGAUGACGACGAAGAAGAUGACGACGAGGAAGAUGACGAGGAAGAUGAAGAAGGCGACCAAAAAGUUGAAAUAGAAGAAGCCGAAGAAGAGGAAGAGGAAGAGGAAGAAGAAGAAGCAGAAGAAGAAGAAAUCCCAGACGUAAGGCCCUGGUUACCUCAACCAAAACCAUUCGAAUCGCUUCGUGCUUUCUACGUCCGUACAGGAGCACAAUUUUUGGAAUGGGCUAUUUCUAGUAAUAGAGAUGCAAGAGGUAAGCACUUGAAAAAGGCUUCCUUCGACAUGUGUGAAGACAGAUUCUGGGAAAGAAGAGAAGCUGUUAGCAUAGCGGAAGACAACUUAGAAGAGCUAGGUGGUGUUGGAGAUGUCAUUGAAAAGGAUACUAGUAAAACCACCAAGAGAAGGUAG